UCUUCAAUGUCUAUCCUUCCGUGCCCCACUACCCAUCUAUCCUAGUGGAACUCUUCGAAAACUCGAUGUUUAUCUUCUUCUCCAUUGGAUUUUUAUGAAAACCGCAGCAGUAUCAGAUAAUAUUAUCCGACACGAAAAAAAGGUCUUCUUCUUUAUUCAGUCCCUGUAAUCUUCAAACUACCCAUUUCGGUCCUUGUUAAUGGAUCUCCAUAUGAAGAGUUUCAAAUGAAGAAGGGGUUAAGGCAAGGGGAUCCCCUAUCGCCGUUCUUGUUUAUUAUGGUAACGGAGGUUCUGCAUCUGCUGCUGGAUUUUGCAUAGGAGAGUGGUUUGAUUGGGGGCAUUAGGAACAUUAUACCAAACCAAUCGUUCACCAAGAGAAUUCCUAAAUCAUAUAUUUGAAUUAAAAUGAAAAAAGAAAAUCAAAAUCCACCCCACAGAGGUCCAAGUAGAAAUGGAGUGCGUGUUCGGUUUAGUAGGAAAUGGCUUCGCCUUAUUAGCGGCGGACAUAUCGGCGGUUCACAGCAUCCUCGUCCACAAAUCCAACGAAGACAAGAUCAUGAUCCUCGAUUCUCACAAACUCGUCGCCGCUAGCGGGGAAUCCGGCCACAGAGUUCCCUAUUCGUCCUAUGUAACCCUUUUUAUUUUUCCGCAGAGUGCAAUUCAAAACGUGGCUUUGUAUCAGUUUCGAAACGGUAUUCCUUUGACCACUGCCGCCGCCGCCAAUUUCACUCGCGGUGAGCUUUCCACUGCAUUAAGGAAGAAUCCGUACUCCGUGAACAUUCUUCUUGCGGGCUACGACAAAGAGACGGGCCCCUGGCUUUACUACAUCGAUUACAUUGCCACACUUCACAAAGUUGAUAAGGGAGCAUUUGGGUAUGGAUCCUAUUUUUCUCUCUCAAUGAUGGACAGGCACUACCACAGUGGCAUGACCGUGGAGGAAGCCAUCAACUUAGUUGAUAAAUGCAUAAUGGAGAUAAGGUCACGACUCGUCGUUGCACCUCCGAACUUUGUUAUCAAGAUCGUUGACAAAGAUGGCGUGAGGGAGUACACAUGGCGUGAAUCUGUGAAGGAUGUUGCAGCCCCUUCAGCUUAAAGACUUCAUCCUUAAUUUAAUUUGUUCUUUCAUUACGGAUGUUCAAUUUGCAUGCAACAAUAGGAACCAAUGUCUGUCUUUGACUGAGCAACAGAGAAA